GCUCUCUCUCCCCUUGUGCGACCCAGGAGGGCACACACGUGUGUGUGUGUUUGUGUGUGCGCGCCCCCAAGCCCGCGCCAUGGCCGGCCCCUUCGUGGUGGAGAGCCCCGACGUCAGGUACACCCCGGAGGCCAUCGAGGCCAGGUACUCCUAUAGCAGCGUCCAGGUGUGCCAGGAGGAGGGCGUCACCAAGGUCAAGCCCUCUGCCACCGACCUCGUCUUCCGCACCGAGAGGCAUGUUCCCAAGCUGGGCGUGAUGCUGGUCGGCUGGGGCGGGAAUAACGGGACCACCGUGACCGCCGCGGUCUUGGCUAACAAGCUGGGUCUCUCCUGGAUGACCAAAACCGGCCUCAAGCACGCCAACUACUAUGGGUCCCUCUUGCAGUCUUCCACCGUCUGCCUGGGCACCGGCCCCUCCGGCGAGGUCCACGUGCCUUUCCGGGAGCUGCUUCCCAUGGCCCACCCCAACGACAUCGUCUUCGACGGCUGGGACAUUUCUUCCUUGAACCUGGCCGAGGCCAUGCGCCGAGCGCAAGUCCUGGACUGGCCGCUACAGGAGCAGCUCCAGCCGCACAUGGAAAGCUUAAAGCCCCGGCCUUCCAUCUUCCUGCCGGAGUUCAUCGCCGCCAACCAGGAGGAAAGAGCCGACAACGUCCUGAAAGGAACCAAGGCUGAGCAGAUGGCCCAGAUCCGCCGUGACAUCCGGGACUUCAAGAACUCCAGUGGGGUGGACAAAGUGAUUGUUCUUUGGACCGCCAACACCGAGCGUUUCUGUGAGGUGCGGCCAGGGGUGAACGACACGGCUGAGCAUUUACUGCAGGCCAUUGAGGCCGGCCUGGAGGUCUCGCCGUCCACCCUCUUCGCGGUGGCUAGCAUCCUGGAGGGCUGCGCUUACAUCAACGGCUCUCCCCAAAACACCUUCGUGCCGGGAGCCGUCGAGCUGGCCGUCCAGAGGAAGGUCUUCAUCAGCGGAGACGAUUUCAAGUCCGGCCAGACCAAGCUGAAGUCCGUCCUCAUCGACUUCCUCAUCAGCUCCGGCAUUAAGCCUGUCUCCGUCGUGAGUUAUAACCACCUAGGGAACAAUGAUGGGCGCAACCUCUCGGCGCCGGCCCAGUUCCGCUCCAAGGAGGUCUCCAAAAGCAGCGUGCUGGACGACAUGGUCCGAUCCAACCCUGUCCUGUACGGGCCAGAGGAGCGGCCGGACCACUGCGUGGUGAUCAAGUACGUACCUUACGUGGGGGACAGCAAACGGGCCCUCGACGAAUACACCUCCGAGAUCGCCCUGGGCGGAACAAACACCAUCGUGAUCCACAACGUGUGUGAGGAUUCGUUACUGGCCGCCCCCAUCAUCUUGGACCUGGUCAUCCUUACCGAACUUUGCCAGCGGAUCCGGGUGGGGGUCGCAGGCGAGGGGGACCCCCAGCCCCUCCACAGCGUCCUGUCCCUUCUUGGCUUCCUCUGCAAGGCCCCCCUCGUCCCCCAAGGGGCCCCCGUGGUCAACGCCCUCUUCCGCCAACGGGCCGCCAUCGAGAACCUGCUGAGGGCUUGUGUGGGGCUUCCCCCACAGCACCACAUGCAACUGGAAUACAAGACCCAGCAUCCGUGGGGCUGUGCCAAGCGCUUCCCAGGGCCCACCGCGCCAGCCGCCCCCAAACGGGCAGCCCCCCACCUCAAUGGUUUCGUCUGCCCGGCGGAAAGCAACGGCCCCCCACCCCCUGUGGCCCGGGGCGGCCUCCUGGGCCUGCAGGACUAGGCAGGCGCCCAGCUGCUCCGGCCGGCCCGCACUGCAGGGGCCGCCCUCUUCCCCUCUUUUGCCGUCUCCUCCUUCUGUCUCCAGUCGUUUUGCGAGCUGUCAGUGCCCUUUCCCCCUCUUCCUCCUCCGUUUCCUCCUUCCUUCCUCUUCUGCAUUUCUGUUUCCCAAGCCAAGGCUUCGGAAAGCUGUCAAUGUGUUUUUUGUAGUUGUUGUUGUGGUUCCGUCAGGGAAAUUUGCAAAAUAAAAAUGAACAAAAAAAAUGAAAUUUGGCCCUGAAUGUGGCAUAGCGCUGCACUGGUUGAAUGCUGCUGCAGCGGAGCUUCCAUAUUCAGGGAGAAUCUAU